CUGGAGAAAGGAAAGGGUACAAUGACAGAAAAAAUAGGGUGCAGGAGAAUCUAACUCCCAAACUUAGCAAUGCUUAGUAAAACCCUCCUUGUUCGCUCAUAAUCGACUCAUUUUGUUCUUCUCCUUCUCAACCACUCCACUACUCCCUCUCGUUUUUCAGAAAACUCAAAUCACAAGAAACCAAAAUACAUUAAUAGAUCUUUUUGUAUAAUCGUUUAUUGAUUUCCAUUUUAUAAACUCACCAAGUUUUUGCAUGAAACUAUCCUGGAAGAGUCAUAAGUAAUAUAUCUGCUUCUCAGGUGGGGUUUUCAUAAAUUUUCGUAAUCAUGGGAUUAGAGAGACCGUCAUCAUUACCAUCAUCAGAAAAUUCGAGAGCCAAGUUCAGUGUCUUUUAUAUAUUCCUACUCUGCGUUGUCCUCUGUGCGCUUACUACAUUCAUUACUCCCUCUUCACUUUCCUCUCCAUAUAUUAGGAACUCAAAAUCUGGAAAACUAGGGCAAUUCUAUGCUCAGGAGGAGGGCAAGAGGACACUGGUGAUGAUAAAGAAGAUGAAGAUUGGUGACCGGAGCAACGCAGCGGGGGAGCGAAGGAUUUUGAGGGGACUGGGGUCAUCUCCGCCACGGUGCUUGUCCAAGUGUGGAAGAUGCACGCCGUGCAAGCCUGUGCACGUCCCGGUACCUCCGGGCACCCCUGUCACCGCCGAAUACUACCCUGAAGCUUGGAGGUGCAAGUGCGGCAACAAGUUGUACAUGCCAUGAUGUUUUAUAUAUAAUAUAUAUAUACUCACAUAUAUACGUUAUAUAUAUGAUUCAUAUGAAGGCUCAUGGUCUGCCUUAUGUCUCUGCUCAAACACUUAUUACAUAUUAAACAUGCUUCUAGGACAAAUCCCUGCGUAAAAUCUUUGAUGACUGAUUGAUGA